AUGUACGCAACACAACAAAGGUUCCAGGCCAAAUGGUUGGCGCUGGGCGUGGGGCUCGCGCUGGGCGUCUUUUUUAUCUUCUCCGAUUUUUUCUUCGUGCGCGACCGCACCUGCGGCUUUAUCUCCGAACUAGACCCACACGCUGCCACCGCCGCGGGCCAAAUGCGGGUGGUGCACGCCGCAGCCGCCCAUCCGCUCGACCACGCCCGCACCUCGCCGUGCAAGUUGGAUUCGACCCUUCGCCAGGCGCUCGUCAUCCGCACCUGCGGCCCCCUCACCCCCGGACUGCGGGCGUCGUACGCCAAGUACGCGCGGGAGCUGAGCGCCUCGCCCCACUACGACCUGUGGCUCCUCUAUGACACCGGCACUGAGGCGCCACCAACGGCCGACAAUGAGGUCCUCGAGGCGUACUACGACCUGCAGCGGGAGUACCCCAGGCUGGGCCUGUUCCUGUACAACGCCAGCGACGUCAAGGCGCUGCUCCCGACCGCGGCCUACAUCCAGAAGGACGCGACGCCCAACUUCUGGUUCCACGACGCGUCGCUGUUCCUCUGGUCCAUCACCUGCCGCCCUGACCUCUGGCACGCCCCACCACUCCCGCCAAACAGGGAGAGUGAGAUGUACAUUUGGACAAUCGAGCACGACGCCAUUUAUUUCGGUGACGUGUCAACAUUCCUAGAUGAGCACAAUACCAACACCGCAGACUACAUCGCCCACUAUUUCCCUCUGGCGCCAAAUUGGCCUCACUGGCAGCAAAGCACGUGGCGGCCGCCCUACGACAAAGCCGUCUUCAAGAAGGAGUACGUCGAGCGCCACUCGACCGCGCUGCUGCGCUACCUGUACAGCAUCACGCUGCUCGACGUGGUGGCCUACGGCGAGGUCUUCGCGUCGACUGUGUGCGCCCUGCAGCCGCACUGGUGCGUGAUGGCACCGCUCGAGAAGCGGUUCAUCGGGCCGGCCUACGCUUGGAACACGUUCCUCACCGACGACCAGGUGACCGCCAUGUGGGCCGAUCCGACCCAGCAGGGCAAGUGGAACCACGCCGUGCUGUCACGCAAGAGCCGCAAGUGCAAGUCCUCCCUCCGCGAGCUCAACGUACCGCAACCCACAAGAAACGCCACAACAACACCACCACCAACACCAACAAAAUAA